UGAGACUGAUGUCAGUAGUCUAGACAGAACUUAUGUUUUCUACAAAAAGCCUAAAGAAACAAAUGUCGACGUACAUGGAGAAGAUUCUGUCAGCAAGCAAACCUUGUCAGUCCCGCCUACCUUGUCAGCCCCCCCUACCUUGUCAGCUACUCCUACCAAGUGUGUCAGCUGUAUUGACAACCUGAUUGCAAGUUAUCAGUGCUUGGAAUGCCCAGACGAUCCAUUCCUCUGUGAUCUUUGUGCAGGAGCGCAUAGAAGAGUUCGACUGACAAAUAGCCAUAUUCUGCAGAAAGUUGGUUUUAACCUGGACAGUCCUUCAAGUGUUUGCUCUGAGAUACAGAACUGGAUCCACCCAUACUGGAUCCCAGGCUUAUCAACAUAUUUCCUAGUAGAUCAGAAGCUAUCUGAAGACGACCACAAGAUUAGUGCUAACUUUUGUGAGAAGCUUAAAACAAGUCUAGCUGGCUACAAAUCCAGGUAUCCUCAGAGUAAAAAGUUUGAUGGGGAGUCCGCUAAAACUUCUCUUAUUCAUUUCAUCAAUGGUCUCAUGAAAGAUUCUGAUUCUGCUGAAACCCCGGGAGCUAGAACUUGUUUUCUCAUCAGCGAGUUGGUGAAAAAUGGCCUAAUUCAGGCAGGAUACUUUAUCGAAGUGGAAACCCUAGAAGCAAUGAAAAAACUUAUCAAAUCUGAAAGUGUGAUCGUGCAGGAAGCUUGUUUGCUUGCAAUCCUGGCAAUGUUAAAGGAGGUGACUGACCUGAAAGCUCCCUUUAGUUUUCACAAAAUCAAAUAUCUAGAGAAUGAUAUUAGGAGAGUGACAAAACUGACGUUUAAUAAAGAGGACUUACACCGGAUUAACGAGCUCUCCACGAAGAUAACACUUUUGUUUGAUCAUGAAUUUAAUUCUUAAAUUAGAGAUUAUAUAAAUAAUAUAAUCAUGGUAGAACUUAUUUAAGAAUAUGUGUUCUCGUUUAUAAAUGACAAAUUCAUAUUAUAUACUAUAUGAUUACUUUAUAAAGUAAGAUUUAAUAGUUAUUACUUGUUUUAUUUGUUGAAUACGAUUAUCUAGUUUUAUACAUGUGACUUCAAAUUAUGAAAUAUAUUAAUGUGAGCAG